CUCGCGUUUAGUACACCGCUCAGCAGGAGUGUCGGACGCUCGGCUUCGUAGACGCCGAUUUUAGUAUUCUUCGUUUAUUUUCUUUUCUAUUCGUUUAAUUUGUCGCUCAGACCUAUUGCCUCUACUAACACAAAUUUCGUCCCUAUUGAGUGAGUUAGUGUUACAGUGUUUACCGGUGUUUUAUUUUGACAGUGUCACGUGCGGAAUCUGAUUAUUUACCGGCUCCAAAGUUUUCAACUGUUUGUAACACGACCUUCACUAAGCACAGGUAGAGCCGGUGAAUCGCCGACACACGCAACAGUUUUAUAGGCAUAAUAUAAAGAUUAUUCGUAAGAACUCUCGUGGGAACGGCAACUUGUUGCGUUUUGUUAUUUGACAACUAGCAAAGGGUUUUUGCUAGUACAAAGAAAGUUUGUGGAAGUUUAUUAUGAAUAGGAUCUUAGUGGGAAACUAAGUGGAGUAGUGAAGUGAAGUGUUGGUAACUUAUAAGCAAACCACGUUUGAAACUGCCGCGUGUUUCAGACGCAUGCGCAGUUGGUGUUCCCGAAUUUGUAAAUUAAAGUAUUAAAACUUUAUAAACAAAUCAAGUGCAGCACAGUGGAAGUGGAAACUCACAGUUGAUUACUAAUAAAAAGUGCACGAGUGUGUGAUAUUUGUUUGCUGUACCAUUUUUUUUGGAUUUGAAGCCGAACGUUCACCUGUGGGAUUUUUGUAUUUACCUGCGCGCGCACUCUUCUUUCUCAGGUUGGAGCAACUAUGAUGUCCUGUCCUCUUCCCCUGCCGCUGCUGCCGGCGCUCCAUCCUCAACCAGCCUUAGCAUCGGACUUCCCUGUUCACAUUGGAAUAAAGAGGGGCUCAGACGAGCUUCUUUCGCAGAGUGGCGUCACAGUCAUGGCGCCCGCGGCUCCACAUCACGCUGAUAACAACAAUCAGGACUCCGCUGCGAAAAAAGUAAAGCUGGAACAGAAUGUAGGCAAGCCGUCUCGGGUUAUACACAUACGGAACAUACCAAAUGAGACAACAGAAGCGGAGAUCAUACAAUUGGGCUUACCGUUCGGCAGAGUCACUAAUGUGCUCGUACUAAAAGGGAAAAAUCAGGCGUUCCUGGAGAUGGCAGAGGAGAUAUCAGCAGUGGCGAUGGUGGCAUACUUCGGCGGGUGCGUCGCUCAACUGAGGGGUCGCGCGGUCUAUGUACAGUUCUCUAAUCAUAAGGAACUCAAAACUGAUCAGACUCACAGUAAUGCUUCAGCAUCAGCCCAGGCGGCGUUGCAGGCGGCACAAGCAAUUUCCAACACGGCGGGUGCAGCGCUCGUUGCCGGCGCCGGCGCAGCGCUUGCACCAGCUAAUGGCGGCACAGAAAUACAGGGCGGGCCAAACACAGUAUUACGUGUGAUCAUAGAACACAUGCUGUAUCCAAUUGUUCUUGAUGUGCUGUACUCGAUCUUCCAGCGAUAUGGCAAAGUGCUCAAGAUCGUCACAUUCACCAAAAAUAACUCAUUUCAAGCUUUAAUCCAGUAUCCAGACACUGGAUCAGCUCAAAUGGCGAAAACGGCCCUCGACGGUCAGAACAUUUACAACGGAUGCUGCACCCUCCGCAUCGACUACUCGAAGAUGACUUGCCUGAACGUGAAGUACAACAACGACAAGUCGCGGGACUACACCAACCCCACGCUACCGUCCGGCGACGGUGACACCCAUCAGCUCUUGACCAGUGAGUUGAUGUCACUGCGUGCUCGCCUCCUGGCCCUCGCAUCCAGGAAGAGCGGCGGUGUUCUCGCGCCCCCGUUCCUAGGCCUGGGCUCGGGGCUCGCUUCCCCGUACGGCGUCGGCGUCGGCGGCGUAGGGCUGCCCGCGUUCGGCGCGCUCACGCUGACGCCCGCGUCGCCGGCCCUGCGCGCGCUCGCCGCGCCGCCGCUGCCGCUCGCCACCGUGCUGCUCGUGUCCAACCUAAAUGAGGAGAUGGUCACGCCUGACGCUCUCUUUACCCUUUUCGGCGUGUACGGCGAUGUGCAACGAGUGAAGAUCCUUUACAACAAAAAAGAUUCAGCUCUAAUUCAGAUGGCGGAACCGCAUCAAGCCCAUCUCGCGAUGACGCACAUGGACAAGCUGCGCGUGUUCGGCAAGGCGAUGCGCGUGAUGCUCAGCAAGCACCAGACCGUGCAGCUGCCGAAGGAGGGCCAGCCGGACGCCGGGCUCACUAGGGACUACUCACAAAGCCCCCUCCACCGAUUCAAGAAGCCGGGCAGCAAAAAUUACCAGAACAUUUACCCACCAAGUGCCACCUUGCAUCUGUCCAACAUUCCAGCGACAGUCUCCGAGGACGACAUUAAGGACGCGUUCACCAAACGCGGGUUCACGAUCAAGGCUUUCAAGUUCUUCCCCAAGGACCGCAAGAUGGCGCUGGUGCAGCUGCCGUCGAUCGACGACGCGGUGGCGGCGCUGAUCAAGAUGCACAACUACCAGCUGUCCGAGUCCAACCACCUGCGGGUGUCGUUCUCCAAAUCGAGUAUUUAAACCGCCCGACCGACGGAAUAUCACACAAGCGUCGUCGCCGCAUCGCCGGCCUCUCUCACACUCGAGAACUCCUCGACUGAAAAUUAUAAUGUAUCUGUAUUACGCUUACUUGGAACAGUUUAGAUGUUAAGUGCUAUUACUCUACUUCCCUAGUGAAUACGUACGUUUACAUAAUUUAAUAUAGCGACAUCUAUCGGCGGCCGCCGGGACUUCCGCGGCGCGCGGCAACCUCCACUACUCAGAGAGAGUCUAAUGUUAUAAUAUUUUGUGUGGUAUUUCAUUCCGCGUAUUUAAUAAUUGUAACGGUAUAUUUUUAUUUUUUUACAUUAUAGAUAUUAUACGUUUCCAGUGAUUUGAAUAAUUUCAUUCGAAUAUAGCUGAUCGCAAUGUGAUUGCGCUAGAAUUAUUUCAUUUGUCAACUGAUAGCUAUUGUGAGCGAUGUCAAACAUUGCAAUGGUUGUUUUAUAAUUAUUAUUAUUAAUUAUCAGCUAAUUUACACAUUUAUUAUUAUAUUAUUAUUAAUUAUUAUCAAUUAUUAUUAUAUCCGUCACAUGUGCACAUUGUUAAAACAAUAUAUUUUCCUCGUCACAUAUAAUUUGCAGUUAUCGCUAUAAGAUUAUAUUUUAUAAAUAUAUUUUAUUCACUAUUUUAAUAUGCACAAUUUAUCAUUGCAUUUUUAAUUAAUUAUAGUUUUGUGCGCAUACACAUUUUUUGUUUUAUGAACGAGAAUGAAUUGUAUAAAAAUGUGUAUGUGUGUGCAAUAUUAGUUAUAGACAAUUUUAUUAGUGUUAAGGUUAUAUCAUCUUGGAGCGGUUUAAGCCGGCUCAUUGCUACACUCUUCCAUAUUGUUUCGUUAUUUAGAAAAAUAUUCUGUUAAUCGUUUCGAAGUAGUUAUCUCGAUUAGUUAGUGUAAUCACAACUCUCGUAUCUUACAUAGACUCUAGAUAAUAAUACCAUAAUACUAUCACUGUAAAGGUUAUGUUCAGUGACAUAAUAGUGACAUGAUGCAUUUAUUUGAUGUUAAUUUAUAUUAAUGGUAGCUACAACAUACUAUAAAUGCUCGUGCAUGUUUCACUAAGUGAUUAUUUAUAAAGGAUUAUUUAUUUCUUUGUACCCAUUGUCCCUGCAAUAUCUUACGCUUCGGUUAAUUCGAACCCGACCAAAGUUCGGUCGCAGUCCUUGUUGAUAAUUGGGAAUCGGGAUCUGAUUUCUAGGGAAUGUUAUUAGUGAUGCAGCCAAUUUUAAUUGUACGAAUACUAGAAUUCAAAUUUUUUCUCUAUUUAAAACAUCUAUUUGCUGUAUUUAUAAUGAAAUUAUCAACAACAGUUUUCAUUGAAUGUUGGUAUUUAUGGAAGUAUUGUUUAUGGUCUUGUCCAUAGAGUUGUAUUUGCAUUGGUCGCAUCACUAAAUGUUAUGCUGUCAGUAUUCACACUAACGUAUAAUCAACAGUAUUUUAGUGUAAUAUCCUUACUCGACACUUACUUUGUAUAUAAUUCUGCUAAUUUCCAAUGAAGUUUCUCACAUUUCCAAAUCUCUGCUACGAUUGGUUUUCACACAUCUUUGCCUUCUUAAUUUAAAUAAAUAUGCGUCUAGUCCAAUUCGAAAGAGAUUAAGUUGUGAUUAAGUGAUUUAAUAUUAAUUCGAACUAACCUUCUAAAACUCUGGUAAUUUUAAUGGGUCGAUAUUUAUUUCGUGCAACGUCUCCGAGCGGUGCGAACUCUCAAUUAGGACCAGUUUUAAGUGUUCAGUUACACGUCCAUACAAUGUGAUUAGGCAAACAUGCGUGAAACAGAUACCUGAAUAUGACGAGUUAAGGAUAUAUUGUUGUCGUACGCGAUGCGAUGCGUACAUAAUCGAUUUUUAACAAAAUUUUAAUGUUAGGUGGUUUUAAACAUUAUGUCUUCAACCGUAAACGGUUACUCCAUUGUCCAUAUCUGUCAAUGCCAACCUAUGUGUUGACAAGGAUGAAAGUUACUAUAGAAAAACAAUUGUCAAUGCAAAAGUUUACCUAUCUAACAAAUUUACGAUUAUUCGGAAUUGUCUAUGAGUCACAAAAUGAAGUAAAUAUCUAUAAUUAUUAUGAUUAUGAUAGUGCAGACAUUAAAAAUCACAUAUUUACACUAUAUUGUAUCAUAAUUAUACAUCACGUACGGAUUAAUGAUAAAACUAGAGCUUAGUAAAAUGGUUAAAGAAGAUAGUUUUCAAUAAGAAGUAAGGAUCGUAAGGGAAAUAUUGUUUUAAAGUCGUAUUGUAUUCAUCGGUAACUAUCUGAGGUAAGAGCGUAUAAGUAGAUCGGUUUAUAUAACGUUAGGAGACCAGGGUGUGGUGAUAUUUUGCACAAUUUUGAAAAUGUUUUACUUAUACGGUGGGCCUGGGCCCGCUACGAAAUUGGAACUGUGGUUAAUGACUGGUGGGGUUCGUUCAGGGAGGAUCGGUAUAAGCUGUAAUAUGAGAUUGGAUUAAAAUGGAAUAUUAAUAAAUUAUUAAAUGUCAUCAAGAAAUUACAUAUCGGUAUUUAAAGAACGCUACACAAACGGGCUCGCACUCGACACGGCCGUGUGUAACGUUUCGGGCCUAAAGUUUCCUCAGUGACACUGGUAUUGACUAAUAGAUAAUUAUAGGGAUUUAUGUGUUUAGAAAAGUAUUUUAAAUAUAUAGGAUAAUGUCGUAAUGUAAUAAGAUAAAAUCAGUGUUUAGAAUGAGAUGCCAAAUUUAAAGUCAAUACACAUUAUUUUAGGUAAAUCUUAAAUUAAUUAAUCUUAACAUUUAUUAAAAAGUUGAUGAAAGAUGUUACAGUUAAAUUAUAUUUGAGAGUUUUAUUAAGCGCAGUGUAUGCAAUUUUAUUCAUAGUAAGUGAACAUUGUUUCAAUUUGUUAGUUAAAAGUUAUGCGUUAAGAAAUGAUGUGAAUGUUGUUUUCAAUGUUUCCACUUCGCUGUUCUCUAUACGCUGCUCUCGUGAGUCGUGAUACAUAUUGAACAUUGUCGUCGGUACUAUAGGUUCCUUCCGAUUGUUGUUUUGUCGCAAACUUGAAGCAUAUCCUUGCAUAUCAAUAUUUUGAUUUGUUUCUAACUUUCAUUGUGCUUGUAUAUUUAUCUCGUAUCGUAAGCUGUAGAUAAUACUUACUAUACAAUGAUUUGUAUCAAUAUGAAUAAAGGCCAACAUAUCAAUGAAUAAAGCUUCGGUUAAGGCGCAUGAAUUAAAUUUAUCCUAUCCUUUAUUAUUUUUGUCUGUUCUUUAUAUCCUAACUAAUUUAUAGUUUAAGUUUCAAUAUCAUUUAAAAGUGUCGUCAUUCAAUUUUUCUUAUUUUAGAUUAAGCCUUUUGUGUGUUUAAUUUCAUUCUUAUUUUUUAUUUCAUAAUUAAACUAUUAUUAGCAUUGACAGCUUUUUGUUCUUUAUUUUCCACCUCUCCUAUCUUGUUGCGUAACGCCCGAACCGCGUGUUUCUGGAUAUAUUUGUAUUCAACUUUAACAUACCCAAAGAGUUAUUUUCGGACCUCGAUGAUAAUAAUCAACCUUUUCAUUUUCCGUUAAGGUUGAAAAAUAUUCAUUGUAAAUAAAACUUUAAAAUUUUUAAAGGGGAUCAAUAUAAUGAAAUGGUGCACUCAAAUGCACCGUUGAUACUCUAGACAUAUUCUACUUAGAUCUUAACUGUCCUGUCGAGAAUACUAAACUGAAUUAAAAUAGAGGUAAUGUUAAACGUUUCAAUAAAAAUUCAUCUUUCGACUCCUCUUCGCUUUUCGGUUUUCAAUUUGUCUUGGCACUCGUAUGAAUUUAGGAGGAUUACAGGUUGUUAAGUUCUAUGUGAGGGGGGGUAAGGGACAUAAAUAUUGCCAAUGAUAUCGUUUUACUGUAUUAUCAAAAAAGAGUAAAAUAUGCACAGGGUAAUACAAAUAAAUUUAUUUGACCGUUCCCGGUUGCAAAUCGGGGGAGGGUGUUUUGUCCGUGCCACGUCCCUUAUUCCAAAUGAGUUGAAAGAACUGAACCAUUUCAUAUUGAAACGUUGAAUUAGACAAAAAUGUAUAACUGCCACUUUUGUAGGCGAACACUUCAAAUCUUGUAUAAAGUAACUUAUUUCAAUUCAAUGAAAUUAUGUAUCUAUGAGUUUUCAAAAUAUCCACAUCCUACAAACUGGCAGUUAUUCCUAUGUUAUAUAAAAUAUUCCGGUGUAAAUACUUAUAUACACAACUUUAUAAAUAAUAAAAAUAUUAGUAUUUACUACAGAUUUACCUACAUAAUCAUUAAUUAAGAUAAUUAGAUAAAAUUCUGACCGUAGAUGCUCUAGUGGUUAAUAGAUGCCUACAUGAAAAAGUAAAAAAAAAUCCUCGUAGUAUCUUAUCUGCCCAGUUUCCUGGUUUCAAUUGAACUUCAGAUCAUUCCUUUUAAAAUGUAAAAGGUGUGCAAAUUAAAGGGUUGUGUGUAAUAUUAAAAUAGUUUAUUAGAUGUAUACAAACAGUUUGUGUGCCGAAAUGUUAUUUCACCAAUUUAUGUAAAGCACAUCUGUUUAUUUUAUCUGUGAAUAAAAAUAUUUGACGAAAU